GUUGGCAACCCUAGACUAGGAAGUGCUGGGCAGGCCUCUUGUGUCACUGAGAGGAGGGACAGAAAUAAAACCAUUCUUCUCUGCUCCAAGAAGUGUCCCAAUGGGCACGCUAUACAAACAGUAGAGCGCUAAGACCACGCUCAGCCAGAUGCAGACUCCUGCUGUCCUGAACCUGAGCAAGUGUGCAAAGCCAGCUCCUGUCUUGUGUUUUCAUGGAGAGUGGAUGUUUGUUCAUUGCCACUUACCACAGUUAUCAAACAAACAUGGGAUGAUUCCAGCACAUUAUGUGAUGCCCUGGAAAGAAGACAUGAAGAACAGGAAAUUCACUUUAAAGCAUGCAGCGGUUGUUGGGAUAUAUACUGGUGCCACAGAAGAUUGUCUCUUUUUGGAGCAUAGAGAAAGACUUUGCCAUGGAGAAGAAAGAAAAUGCAUACGGGAGAAAAUUCCUCUGGAAAUGCCAAUUGAGGAUAUUCCCAUACAUUCUCAUCUCUCCAGGUACCAGAAGUCUGUGGUUGCUCAUGCAUGGAGGUUGAAACUCUGACCUGUUUUUUUCCCCUGUCAUUACAGUCAUGUUUGAACUGUAUAGACUGUGAAUUUUAAACUUGCUGCAAGAAAACACAGUGUGGUGCAUUUUUUUCUUCAAAAUAGAAUUAACAUAUUUUAAAAACUGAUUAGAUGUUCUAUUUGAAAUGCAAAACAAUUUCUUUCCGAAUUUUGACCAGCUUAUUUUUAUUAGGGAAAGGAUAAUCUCAAAAGUUUCAACCUUUCAGUUUGACAUAAAUAAGCAGCAUACAGACAUUUGGAUGCUUAUCUGACAUUUAUACAAACUUUUGGAUUCUACUGAUUUUUCCAUCACCAUUUUGAAAGAUUUAUCAGUCCCACUCCUUAUUCUCUAUUGUUUUCUUAGAGAAAGUCCCUCUGGCUCUGGCCUACCAGCCCUUCUGCAUCUUCUGAAGGUGACUAGCUAGCUUUCCUCUCCUGGGACUUCAAGGGGUAGCUGAUUGGUUCACUUCCCACUUACUUUUCUUUAGGUGAUACUUGCAUUUCUCCCUCUACCUAAAUGUGAAAGAAGAUACUUUCUGAGAUGCAGGUAGCAACAUCAGGAUGGGGACAUUUUCCAACUUAUGCUGUUGUACUUGACUCAGCUCUAGGUCUAAAUUGCUCCUAACUUAAAAAAGCUAUACCAUAAAAAGGAAUUUCCUUUGUUGGCUGGAGGUGGAUUCAUGGGUUUAUAAAGCCACUAAGAUGAUGGAGGAAGUAAAGGAGACAAAAUUUGGGGAGAUACUAAAUGGCAAUCACUUAAAGUAAGUGCUGAAAGGCCCAAAAAUAUAAAUGGAAACAGAUAAAUAAAACCCAUGAAUAAGAACAGUUGCUUCCAAUCAUACAGGAGCAUUCUGCUAUGGAAUUAAUUUCCAUUUGUCAGUCAAGAACAGAUGCCAUUAACAUUACUUAAUUGAAUUUUGAAUUGUAAUGGCUAUUUAGUCACAAUUGUUUAUUUUGAAAAUGCCACAGAUUCUAAUUUCAACAGGUGAGAAAUGGGAAAUUAAAGAAAAUUUAAAACCUUUUAAAUUUAAAAGCUGCUAAGUAUUCAUAAAUGUUUUGGGAUACAAAAUAUACUUUGCACAUAACCAGUUUUAUUUAUUUCAUAUCCGCUGAAAGGAAAACAAUUAAGACAUUUUGGCUUGCCAUUGUUAUAUGCUAAUAAAACUUAAAUGUACAUUGGCGCACAAUUUAAAAAUAUUGUUUUAGUCACAAAUACACUUUAUUUCAAAUUAUAAUUAAAAUUUAACUUUAUAACACUUUCUGCUCUGGGUUGUAGAGGCUCAUUCCUGACUAGACCAAAAGCAGAAAGGAGCUGUCUGUUUUA